GGCUAAUGAACCUGUUGAAGAAGAUACAGAUACUGAUAUGGCCGAAAGGCCCAAGACCUCCGCCAGCCCUUCACCAGAUGAACAGAAUCGUAGGGCAGCAGCAGCGAUGGCCAGUAGUGACAAGUCAAAUGCGAUGGAGGCUGAUGAACCUGACGAAGAAGAUGACCACAUGAUCAGAAGACCAAAGACUACCAGCCCUUCACCAGAGGAACAG